AUGGCUGCUACCGCACUUCGACCCGCCCAUGGCGAUGACAUCUUCAGUUCCGUUUUUCCGCCCAAAGACCACACCACGCCGACACCAGAAGCCACACCAAACAUUGGCACGCUUGCCUCGCCUGGAGGGGCAUUCGGCGGCUUCGACAUCCCCAACAACGCAGCAGAUGAGGCUGCAAAGCUCAAUCGAGCCUGGAGCAUCGCGACCAGAUUCUUGACUCUCUCAGCUGGGCUGACUGAGCAAUCAAGAAACUCAACACACUCACCCGACGUCGAUCAUGCCCUUCACUUCCUCCUCGACUCUCCCUCGGCCCGCAAGGAUCUCCUCGACUGGUACAUGCACGAGGUCAGCACUCACUUUCGACACUUCAUCUUGCCGGGGCUUUCAUUCUGGCAGCAGGCGAUACCUGUGGACAAGACACACGACGUCUUUUCGAAGACUGUGCAAGUCCUCAGAAAGGCACAAGAUGUUUACUUGAACACCGGCGACGACUACGAAGAUCGACAUGACCUACAAGAGUUCAUGACGCACAUCAAGCAAGACUUUCAUGUGCUGGUCCUGAACUCCCUACCACGUCAGAGGAUACAGAAGACUCUGGCAAGCUACCUUUUCCAGUCGAUGAAGUCGAGUCUUAAGGACUCGAGUAAUCCAGAGAAAUGCACGAAAUCUGGUCGCUGCCAGUGCCACAUCAACCUAGACUUGGACGCUUUGACAGAACUGCACCACAUCGGACUCGGUGGCAGUCAUGGCCAGCGCGCCUUCGCUCACGCUUUGCACAAGUUCAUCGAAGGGCCUGCUACUGAGCGUAGAUGUUUCCAAGUGGACUGGAAUCACCAUACCUCCGUCAUCGCAAAGCUCCGCACCUGGGUUGAGGACCAAUUCAUGCCAUCCGUUCAGCAGGCUGUCGCCACUCUGACUGGCGAGUCGACCAUCGAACUACCUCUCGAACAGUUCAUGUCAGCGGCUGUAUCCAGCUUCGGUCGACAGCGGGUCAGCGCCCUCUUCGACUACGUGAACAGCUGGCCAGCAAGCGAAGGAGCCAUUCUUGAUAUUCGAGAGUACAUCAACGCCAACGGCCCCGGCGAAAAGGUACAGCUGUGUUCCAGCUUCACUGAUCAGAUACAAAGCAGGCUCCUGCAUGCAGGUGCAAGCACGACGGAGAUAUUGAGCGUCUACAUGAAUGUCAUCAGCGUCUUCAAGCUCUUGGACGCUCGUGGCGUCCUUCUCGAAAAGGUCGCGAUUCCUAUUCGAAGCUACCUCCGCAAUCGAGAAGAUACGGUGCAGGUCAUCGCCGCUAGUCUUCUUGCUGAGGUCGACGAGAAUGGAGAAGUCCACGCUCAUGAUCUCGAGAAGAUCUGCUCCGACAUUACCAUCGAGAUCGCAAAUUCGACAGUCGAUGCCCAAGAUGACAGAUUGUUGAACUGGGAUGAUAUGGAAUGGGUCCCCGAUCCUAUCGAUGCUGGGCCAAACUACAAGUCCUCGCGGUCGGACGACAUUGUCGGAUACAUCCUUGGCCUCUUCGACGCCGACGACUUCAUCAAGGCUCUCGCUGCAGCUUUCGGAGAACAUCUCAUUCGCUCGUCCGACACAGAGCUUGUGAAGGAGCUACGCCUGGUUGAACUUCUCAAGUCCAGGCUGGAUGCGUCGAAGCUUCAACAGGCUGAAGUCAUGCUGAAAGACAUGCGCGACUCUGUCAACCUGAACAGACGCAUCAACCCUACGCAUCACAUGCCGCAGGGAGCACCGAAGCCAACACCUAAAGAUGUUCAAGCAGCCUUACCAGAAGACGGCAUCACCGUGGUCUCUCUUUGGGAGAGGUUUCGAGGUCGUAUGGAGCGGCAGGAAUUUUCUGCUGCGUUGCACCUUGUCGCGCGACACCGCAACGGCCUCUACUUUCCAAAGCGUGCCAGACUUUCUGCUGAAGCUAUGCGAGACUCACCAGCUGCAGCCUCUGAAGAAAUUGGCCUUCACUUUGGGGCCAAGAUUGUCUCUGGUUGUUUCUGGCCGCAACUCAGAGACCUCAACUUCGCCGUUCCCGACCAGAUCAAGCAGCACAUGGCACACUAUGAACAAGCUUUCACAGCCAUCAGCGGGCAAAGAAAGCUGGAGUGGAAGCACGGUGCUGGAAGCGCCGAUAUCAAGCUGGAGUUCGAAGAUCGCGUGGUUGAGGAGAACGGCAUCGAGGAAUGGAAGGCUACCUUGGUGGAUGCAUUUGGACUGCCCACUUACGACAACACCAUGGGUGCAUCCGUUGCAGAGCUCCAGAGCUCACUGCAGAUGGAUGAAGAUCUUGUUCUUAGCGCCCUCAGCUACUGGAUCGGCAAGAAAGUGCUGUACGAGAAGUCUCCAGGCAAGUUCGCGGUGCUGGAGCGACUGGAUAUGCACAUCGAACAGGUUGAAGACACCCAGGCCGAUCUCGAGAUGUUCGAAGAAAUCGAUCCAGAGACGAAGCUGCUUCGCGAGAACGCUCUGAUGUAUCAGAACUUCAUCGAGGGCAUGCUGCGCAACCAAGGCCCGAAGGAGAUUUCAGGCAUGUUAGGCAUCACGGGCAUGAUGAGGAUGGUCCUUCCAGGCUUCGUCCACAGCGAUGAUGAUGUGAAGUGGCUUCUUGACGAAAUGGAGGGCAAGGGCAAAGUCAAGAGCAACGCCGGCGGUACGCUCUGGGCAGUCGUCUAA